AUGGCUGGACAAGGUUAUACCGGCAUGGCCAUUGACCAACCAGCUGGCUCCAGCAAAACCAACCCAUACGCAGCCGAGUCCUGGCUUGAACCUUGGCUCACAAAACACUCGGAGUUUUAUCGCAAACACUUGACCAGGGAUGGCCGCCGGGAAAGCAAAUCCACACGACGCCAUAGUGUCGUCACAGAAGAGCUUGAGUCUCGCAAGAAUUCUGUUGCUGCCUCUGAACCCGAGGCUACACCCACCAACGCCAUCCCAGCUCCUGCCGAGGAACGACGAGAAAGUGCCAACAGCGAGUCUUCUGAGGGCGAGACUGCUUUCAAGAAUGAGAAAGGUCAUUUCGGAUGGCGCAAGAGUGUUGGCUGGGUCCCUCACCCAUGA